UUUUCAAUAUAAAAGUUGAAAUCACGCGCCACCGCCGCCAUAUCCCACUGCUACCGUAACCACCGUGGGAAGAAGCUUAAAGAAUGAGAGAUGGUAGUCUAAUGAUCAUAUGUCGCUCAGAUAGAGAAAACCUCCCGAACACGCUUUUCUUUUCUCGUCUCCUCUUCUUAUUCUUCCCGCAUCAACUCUGAGCUGAGAACUCAUCGGGCACCAUUGCAGUGUGCCAAUCGCGAAUAAAUUAGUCCUAAAUUGGAGCCCUAAUUUUUCUGAAAUCGCACGAAUGAGACGGCCCUUCAUCUUUCUGCUGCUGCUGAAGAUCGUUUAUUCUUCGUGUACGGGAUGUUUUGCCAAUGAGGAAACCUCUCUUACCUUUUCAAAUCCUACCACCUUCGAACACUAUCGCUCGGUUUUGCCCGUUAUCAACGAGAAAGAUGUAGCAGUGGCACUAGUUAUCGAUGUCGAUGGAGAAAUGUAUAUGUGGGACUUUAAUUCGAGGAAAGUUGUAUGGUCAUGGUCGUCGGGAUUUCCUAUAUAUGCUGCUUAUCAGAAUUUUAAUGAAACGAAUGCAUCCGAGCCUGUAAUUGAGUAUGCUGAUAUUGAUGAUGAUUGGCAACUAUAUUUCUAUCGAAGAAACCCGUUCACGAAAGUGAAACCGUCAAAAACUGUGGAAGACUAUAUUAGAAGUACUCCACAUGUCUCAAAAGAUGGAGGAGUAACAGUAGGAUCAAGGAGAAGCACCGUUUAUCUUGUUGAUGCUAAAUCUGGAAAGUUAAUUCGGACGUAUAAUUUGGCAGAUACUCCGUCAGUAUUGAGUUUUCAGAAUGGGGUGGAAAAUCAAGUUGUGUUGACACAGGAUGCGAAAGAGUUCAUAUCAUCUGGGGAUGAAGAUUCUGAAACAGUUGAACAACUCCUUUACAUCACAAGAACAGACUAUGCAUUGCAGCACCAUUCUCCUGUCACUGGAAAAGUUCUGUGGAAUGUGGCAUUUUCAGAUUUUGAUGCUACUUUUAAGUUUCCUAAUUCAGGGACUGAGUUCGGUGCUAAGUAUAAAGGCGAAUUGCCUCAUGAGAUUAAGCCUGUCAUCCUGCGGAUUCGUGAUCAUAGUUGGAAGAAGUCUCUUUCCUUAUAUGACAAACGAUUUUAUGGAUUUCCUGGUGGUGGACCUCUCCCUUUGCCUAAUCUUGAUUCAGAACACAGUCUUGUCCCGGUACCUUUAGGCCAAAUUUCAGUAUCUUCCAAAAGUACUACAAGUGGACAAUUACUUGCGCUGCCUUCUCCUAACAAUGAAAAUAAUGGGAUAAAUGACAGUGGAGUUACUGAAAUGAUCUUCAUGACCCUUACAGCUGGAAUUGUUGCAAGGUUUCCUUUACAAUAUUUUAUUCCAUUUCUGCCUACACAAGGUUAUGGAAAAUCGUUAUUUUAUUUUGCCUUUUUAUUUGCCAUUGGUUUUAUCUGUUACGGUUAUGUCAAGUUUAGGAAGCAGAAUGAACUGAAUAAGAAGUUUGAAGAAUUUAAAACGCAAGUCCCUGUUCCUAAAAAGAAGAAAACUCGAAGAUUGGGAAAUAAAAAGGGUAGUGACAAUAAUGAGAAAAGCCCACAGUACACCAAUGAUAUUGAUGACUAUAAGGCUGGACAUGCUGAUGAUGAAGGAAGUAAAAAUAACUUCCUGUUGACAUUUACUGAUGCCAGCGAUCGUAUUGAUGGACGUAGAAUUGGGAAGUUAGUUGUUUCCAGUAAAGAAAUUGCUAAGGGUAGUAAUGGGACUGUUGUUCUUGAGGGAAUCUAUGACAGUCGUCCUGUAGCUGUUAAACGGCUUGUGCAGACUCAUCAUGAUGUGGCUUUGAAGGAGAUUCAGAAUCUAAUUGCUUCUGAUCAACACCCAAAUGUUGUUCGUUGGUAUGGAGUCGAGUAUGAUCAAGACUUUGUAUAUCUUUCUCUGGAGCGUUGUAUGUGCAGCUUAAAUGACUUGAUUUAUAUUUGCUCCAAGACUUUCCAAAGUCAAGUUAUUGCCAAUGAUCAGGAUUUAGAGCUUGUAGAUGAGUACACUCUUAACCUAUACAGCAUUCAGAAAAAGAACAAGGAUGUUGAAUUGUGGAAGGCCAAUGGAUUCCCUUCUCUUCAGUUGUUGAAAUUGCUGAGGGAUGUGGUCUCUGGGAUUGUUCAUCUGCAUGAACUUGGCAUUAUACAUCGAGACUUGAAACCCCAGAAUGUUUUGAUCAACAAAGAUAGAUUUUUAACUGCAAAACUUUCUGAUAUGGGAAUUAGUAAAAGACUCCCAGGAGAUCAAUCUUCCAUAACACAGCAUGCUACUGGAAAUGGAAGUUCAGGCUGGCAAGCUCCGGAACAACUUCUUCAUAAGCGCCAAACACGGGCCGUAGAUUUAUUUAGCUUAGGAUGUGUUCUCUUCUUUUGUGUUACUGGGGGUAAACAUCCGUAUGGUGACAAUAUCGAGCGUGAUGUAAAUAUUGUUAACGACCGUAAGGACCUGUUCUUGGUGGAGAAUAUGCCAGAAGCCAUGGAUCUUUUUACUCGUCUCUUGGAUCCCAAUCCUGACUUGAGGCCAAAAGCCAUGGAUGUACUGCAUCAUCCUUUCUUUUGGAGUUCUGAGAUGAGACUCUCGUUUCUACGAGACGCUAGCGAUCGCGUUGAACUAGAAGAUAGAGAGAAUGAAUCUGAGCUGUUGAAUGCGUUAGAAAGUACAGCAGCUGUCGCGUUGAAUGGGAAAUGGGAUGAAAAGUUGGAAGCUGCUUUCAUCAAUAACAUUGGCCGAUACCGGCGGUACAAGUAUGGCAGCGUUCGAGACUUGUUACGUGUCAUUCGGAACAAGUUGAAUCACUACCGCGAACUUCCCCAAGAAAUUCAAGAAUUGUUAGGGUCUGUUCCUGAGGGAUUCGAUGGUUAUUUCUCAAGUCGAUUUCCAACACUCCUUAUUGAGGUUUAUAAAGUGAUGCACAAGCAUUGUGUAGACGAAGAAUUCUUUGUCAAGUACACCACUACCAAUCUCAUGUAAUUUAAAUAUUUUCUUUGUUUGAUUGUAACUACGUAAAAGAAACUGUAUAAUAUAAUUUAACACUAAAAUAGUAAUUAGUAAACUGUAACUGAAUAUACUAAUAUUGAAAGUGUUGUCUUCACUUCACUUUAGUUUAGAUUACUAAAGAGCCAAACAAUAGUCACAUUUGCCCAUAUUCUUAA